CAGUAGGCAGUCAUAGUUGGACUAACCGCAGCCAGGAAGCAAAUUAGCGCCCUGUUCUUCGUAACACCAGAUCUCAACCUGCCUCGCUUCAUUUCCUUUUUGGUCUACGAGAGAUCUGUGUUCGGAGGAAGAUCUAGCAUUAGAAAUCUUAAAGAGUUUUUAGAAAGUUGUUACCCGGGCUUCGUCUGAGCAAACCCCAAAGAGAACGUCGCUUGUGACAUGCGAUCUGGUGCUUGCGUCUCGCUCUGAGGUGCAGGGACACACGGACUCCUGUGCAUGUAUGUCUGAGUGCAAGGGCAGCAGUCUCGCUUGGGGUUUGGGGUUUGUUACAGAGUGCAGAUUAGAGGACGGCGUCAACCUCAAGGAUAGGAUUUAAAAAGACGCUGGGAAUCAGAAAGAUGGAGGAACGGCAUGUAGAAUGUGAACAGCGCUGGACAUGGCAUUUAGUGAGGUAAAUAUUCAAGGGCUGCUGGUGUAUUUCUAUUGGACUCUUCCAAAGAUGUUCGUGUCUGGAAGGCAGUACCUCAUUUGAAAGAAAGAAAAAAAAAGUGACCACACACCUGUACACACACACACACACACACACAAACCGUAGACACGAACAUUACAAUGCAAUGUCUAACACAAUAUAAAGCAGUUUUAACAUUGCUUCAGUGUUGUACGAACACAGUGUACAGUAAGUCUUGUUAUUUUAAGCACACACAUAAAGGCAACUCUUCUGCAUAAAAUAACAACUUAAAAAAAAAUAAAAUCACAGGCCUCCCCCGGCACACAACAGACUCAUAGAGGGACAGACAAAAAAGAUAGACCGACUCAAAUAGGGACAGACAAACACCUAUGCAAGACAGACACGCUGUGGUUUAAACACUUUACACAAGACAGACAUUCAAAAAAAAAAAAAACACAUAAAUGACACACAUUAACAAAAGCCCUUGACAAUCUCACACACACACACACACACAAACCAGACAGAGACCAAACACACGGAAGACAUACAGAAUGAUGGAAAAACUGGACCCCCAGUCCUCCCCGCCCCCUCCCACUCCUGCCCUCAGCGAGAGACAGAGUCCUGAGCAGAACGCUUCUCCUCCCAUUAGCAGCUCUCCUCUUAACGAGAGGGACGAGGCAGGCAGCACGCCUCAGCCCCAGGAAGCCAGCUCCCCUAGAGAUGACGCCUCUGCCAGCUGCGAGGAAGCAUCUGAGCCCGUUUCCACGGAAACUGUCUCUUCAGCCAAUCAGCGAGGGCUGGCGUCGCUCCCGCCCAACGUGCCAGUCAUCAGCCUGGGGCACAGCAAGCCCCCUCCUCCUGCCAGCCGCUGCGUGCCCACCACCAAACUCACUGCCCUCCACCCCAUCCCCUCUCUGUGCCCGACGGACAGUAAGCUGGGCCAGCUUGCCAGCCCUCAGACGCACCCUAUUUCGGCCAUGGCACCCCACUUGCUGCCUCAGUACCUGCCUGGGCACCCCUUUCUCAACAGUGGUUACCUGGGAUCUUCCGGGACCUUCGGUGUGUUCUCCAGCCGUGGCGUCAAGAGACGGCCCUUCACUCACUUUGAGGUUGAUAUUUCGGAAGGUGUGUGUGUUCCAGGUCCUCCUCAGAAGAUGGCUCGCCGGGUCUUCACAAACAGCCGGGAGCGCUGGAGGCAGCAGAACGUCAACGGAGCCUUCUCGGAGCUGCGCAAACUCAUCCCCACCCACCCGCCCGACAAGAAACUCAGCAAGAACGAGAUACUGAGGCUGGCCAUGAAAUACAUCAACUUCCUGGUCAAGCUGCUCAACGACCAGGCCUCUAACCAGGCUGGGGGAGGAGAGACCGAGGAGGAGGAGGAGGAGGAGGAGGAGGAGGAGGAGGUGGAGGGGGCGAUGAUGACGGGAGACCCCAAGAAGAAAGCCCCUCGCUCGCUAGAACCCCAAACAGACUCCGAUCACGCCUCCAUGUCCCCUAAAUCGGCUCUACCUCCCAAACCGGGCCUAGUGGGAGGCAUCCGAGGCAGAGACUCUUCCGAUUCCAUGGUUGCCAUGGGAACCUCGCCCAGCUCCAGUUGCUACGGCGACACAGGUAGCCCGGAGAGUGAGGAAGGGGCGGACCCGAGACAUUUGGUCAGCAAUGGACUUGCAGUGAAGGAACAGACCCUUCUUGCAACCACUGUCAGUGACCACCUGUGAUUUAAUCAAUGAAACAGUAAAGAAAAAUAAUAAUAAAGCAAGUAGUGAAUAAUAUUUAGGAAGUGGGGCUCAUGAGAGUCACUAGGAACCUGCUUCCUUUUUUUGUUGUGUGUGGUUGUUUUGGAUUUCUGUCGUUUUUUGUGUUAUUGGAAGCUUUGAAACCUCUUCUAAAGCUCUCAGAAACCUGCGCGUGAUGUGUCGCUGCCACAGCAACGGUCACUUUCUGAUGGCCACAGUGCACUAAGCAUGCCCCCAAUAUAUACAUUGAAUUGUACAGGAUCGAGAACAUGGCAACAUUGUAAUUGCUCCCUUCUGGGCAUGUAUGUUGGCAGAAAAAAUGUAGCUGGCAGGUUUGAACUGUAAAGGAGUGAUGUUUUCAAACACGCCGUUCGAACCUUCCUCUUGAAGCUGGCAUGGGUCGGGCUGGCCCAGCUGGAUCACUGUUUCCAUGAGCAGUUUGAAAAGAGAGCUGUGUUGAGGGAGAUGGGGCACAGAAAAGCAGAUUCCCAAGCGGUCUGAGGAUUCUUGUCAUGUGACGUCAUUCCGAUGUUAUAAAUCAUGUGUGAGAAAUCAACCAAUCGCGGUUAAGGGUUUGUCCGAAUUCCAGUAUAUCUUGGGUUGACCCGUUGCAUCAUCUCGUGCAGUUUGGACAAGACGACCAGACUGGACAAGAUAGCAUCUCCUAAAAUGGACAAGAGACACCCAGCACACUGCGUCUGUACAGCGUUAUAAUCUCUGUAAAUACAUGUAUCCUUGCAACACCUUGUGCUGAGCGAUCCAGCAUCAAAUAGAUCUAGCAUUUGGAAACUA